AUGGUUCAGGCCAAAAACCCUAGCUUGAUUUUUCUUUCUGAGACCUUAGCGCAACCAAACAUUCUUGAUACUUUGAGGAUUCGACUGGGAUUUGCGGGGUGUAUUUGCUACCCGGAGAAGGAGGAAUCUCAAGGUGUUGCGUUGUUAUGGAGAGCGGACACUCCAGUUAAUCUUCGAACCUACUCUCCACAUCACAUUGAUGUUGAGGUAGGACAGCGAGGGACUGCAGACUUGUGGAGGUUUACAGGAAUAUAUGGUUUUGCAGCGCGUAGUCAACGACACAGAACCUGGAAUCUGAUCCAAACCCUAGCAGCAGGAACUUGUCAUUUGCCUUGGCUUAUGGCAGGUGACUUUAAUGAAAUUAUGUCUCUUAAUGACAAAUCUGGAGGGCCACCGAGAGCUGCAGCUGCAAUGGAGGCUUUUAGAAGGACCAUGACAGAUUGUGGUCUGUUUGACAUGGGAUUCUUUGGAAGCAAGUAUACAUGGUCCAAUAAAUUCACCAAGGAGAGGUUGGAUUGUGGCUUUCAGUCUACACAAUGGAGAGAAUGUUUCCCUUUUUCUCGAGUUAUAACGCUCCCACCGUCUGAUUCAGAUCACUGGCCUUUACUCAUUGAGGUUAGUGUAGAACGUUUACAACCCUGGAGAGCUCAUAAAUGUUUUCGCUUUGAGGAGCCAUGGCACAAAUACCCUAAAUGUACUGAUAUUAUUAAGCAAUGCAGGGCUAAACCUUUAACGGGCAACGCCAUGAAACAGAUUGGUUUUAAAAUUACCAACACAGGUGAUCAACUUUUAGAAUGGCACAUAAAAGAAGUCGAUCAUAAUAAGGCUGAAAUGAGGGUUUUGCAAGAGAAAAUGAAUGACAUCAUGUCUCAUCCCCAUACCCCAUUACAAUAUGAGGAACAAAGACUACUUCAUGUCAAGUAUAAUGCACUCUUAGCUCAAGAAGAGACUUACUGGAGACAAAGAUCCAAGGCCUUUUGGUUGAGAGAUGGUGAUAAGAAUACUGCUUUUUUUCAUCGUAGAGCCUCAAACAGAAGAAGCAAGAACAGAAUUAAAGGGCUUAUAGAUGAGGAAGGUUUAUGGCAUACUGAACCAGAAGCAGUGCAGAACAUACUAAUGGAGUAUUUCACAGGUAUCUAUACCUCUCCUGGAACCAAUGUAAGUGCUAUUUCAGCAGUUCUUGAUGCAGUAGAUGAAAGGGUGACUGCUGAUAUGAAUGAGGAACUCACUCGGCCCUAUGCAGAAACUGAAAUUAAGGAUGCUUUAUUUCAAAUGCAUCCUUCAAAAAGUCCGGGACCGGAUGGCAUGUCACCUUUUUUCUUUCAAAAAUAUUGGCACAUAAUCUCUACUGAUGUGUGUUUGGGGGUGAAAAAUUUUCUAGAAAAGGGUGAUAUGGAGUGCUCUUCCAAUUUUACUCAUUUAUGUCUUAUUCCAAAGGUUCCAGAACCAAAGGAAGCAUGCCAUUUUAGACCAAUUGCCCUCUGCAAUGUCAUUUAUAGAAUCAGCUCUAAAGUUGUUGCUAAUAGACUAAAGAAGCUGCUACCCUCAAUCAUCUCCCCAUUCCAAAGUGCAUAUGUGCCUGGAAGACUCAUCUCUGAUAAUACCCUUGUUGCUACUGAGGCAGCUCACUUCAUGCACAAGCUGCGUAGACAAGAAGAAUGA